GGGCCAAACGGCUGUCAGUGCAAAAGAGGGAUAUUUGUAACUACACACUGCAGUGCAGGGUUCCAGUGAAAGGGGGGCAGGUAAUGCUUGGAGAUAGUUGUACAGUUAGUGUUUAGGUUUAGAAGAGAUCACCUCAGAUAUGUCGAGGAUAUUAACAUUACUCCACAGCCAUCUGCGGAGAGAUCUGUCCGCGUGUGGAGGCAUUGCUCGGGUUCCUUUAAGGACGAUCAGCUGCACCUCAAGAAAACAAGCAGAGGAAGGUAAUGCAUCCACAGUUUUGGGGAAAAGAUGGAAGGACACAGCAGAGACCGUCAUCAUUGGAGGUGGAUGUGUUGGGGUCAGCUUGGCCUAUCACCUGGCCAAAGGUGGCAUGAAGGAUGUGGUGCUGCUGGAGAAGUCUGAGCUGACUGCUGGUUCUACCUGGCACGCUGCUGGUUUGACGACAUAUUACCAUCCAGGCAUCAACCUGAAGAAAGUCCACUUUGACAGCAUCAAGCUCUAUGAGACUCUUGAGGCUGAGACGGGACAGGCUGUAGGCUUUCAUCAGCCCGGCAGCAUCCGUAUCGCUGCAACAGCGGCUCGCGUGGACGAGAUGAAGUACCAGAUGACCCGCACACACUGGCAUGUGACGCCACAGACCAUGAUCAGUCCAGAGAGAGUCGGUGAACUCUUCCCUCUACUCGAUGUCAAUAAGGUGUUAGCAGGUCUAUACACCCCUGAAGACGGCCACAUCGACCCUUACUCCCUGACCAUGGCUCUGGCAGCUGGUGCUCGUAUGUAUGGUGCUCAAAUUUACAACCCGGCCCCGGUCACCGGCCUGACCCCGACCUCUGAUGGGAAGUGGGACGUCCAGACUCCUCAUGGGACCAUCAAGGCGAAUCGUAUCGUCAAUGCAACAGGUUUCUGGGCUCGUGAAGUGGGCCAAUUGAUUGGUUUCGACCACCCCACCAUCCCAGUGCAUCACCAGUACGUCGUGACAGCGACAGUCCCAGAGGUGAAGGCUCUGAAGACGGAGCUGCCCGUCAUCAGGGACCUGGAGGGGUCGUACUACCUGCGUCAGGAGAGAGACGGUCUCCUGUUCGGCCCGUAUGAAAGGAUGGAGAAGAUGGUGCUGCAAGACUCCUGGGUCAGAGAGGGAGUGCCUCCAGGUUUUGGUAAGGAGCUGUUCGAGUCAGACCUUGACAGAAUCAUGGAGCACGUAGAGAUGGCGAUGGAGAUGGUCCCCGUGCUAAAGAAAGCUGACAUCAUCAACAUUGUGUCUGGACCGAUCACGUACACCCCUGACCUGCUCCCCAUGGUUGGACCACACCAAGGAGUGAGGAACUACUGGUGUGCCAUUGGCUUCGGGUAUGGAGUCAUCCAUGCUGGCGGUAUUGGUAAGUUCCUGGGUGACUGGAUCAGGAAUGGAGAACCUCCUUACGAUCUGGUUGAAUGCGACCCUAACCGUUACGGCAAGUGGGCGGACAUACCUUACAUGUGUGCUAAAGCUCGAGAGUCCUACGGCUUCAACAACGUGGUCGGUUACCCGAAGGAGGAGCGUUUUGAGGGUCGACCAACCAGCCGAACAAGCGGCGUUUAUGAGCUGUUGAAGGAUAAAUGCUCCAUGGGCUUCCAUACUGGGUGGGAACAACCUCACUGGUUCCACAAACCUGGAGAUGACCUCGGAUACAAGCCCAGUUUCAGACGCACCAACUGGUUCGCACCGGUCGGCAGAGAGUGCAAGCUGGUGAUGGAGAAGGUGGGAGUGAUCGACUUGUCACCUUUUGGCAAGUUUGUCGUGAAGGGGAAGGACUCGCAGAAGCUGCUGGACCGCCUGUUUGCCAACACCAUGCCCAAGGUGGGUCUGACUAACAUCAGCCACAUGUUGACACCUACUGGGAGAGUCUUUGCUGAAGUCACCAUCACCCAGAUGGCACCAGGAGAGUUCAUGCUCAUCACAGGCUCAGGGUCAGAGCGUCACGACCUCAGGUGGAUCGAGGCAGAAGCUUCAGACGGUGGAUACGACGUCGACAUCACAAAUGUGACAGAUGGUAUCGGCGUGCUGGGCGUUGCGGGUCCAAACUCUCGCAAUGUUCUUCAGAAACUGACGGACGAAGAUCUGAGUGAUGGAGGAUUCAAGUUCCUCCACUGCAAGUCCAUCCUGUUAGCAGGUCUUCCUGUCCAGGCCAUCAGGAUCUCCUACACAGGUGAGCUGGGAUGGGAGUUGUACAUUGACCAGAAGAACAUGGCCGCCGUGUACAAGGCCAUAAUGGAGGCAGGGAAAGAUCAAGGAAUCGACAACUUCGGGACGUACGCCAUGAACUCUCUCAGGCUGGAGAAGGGCUUCAGAGGCUGGGGAGCUGAGAUGAACUGCGACACAAACCCUCUGGAAGCUGGAUUGGAAUAUUUCAUCAAACUGAACAAGUCAGCAGACUUUAUUGGCAGAGCAGCUCUUCAGGAGAUCAAGGCAAAGGGCCUGAGGAGAAAGCUCUCCUACAUCACACUGGACACAGACGACAUCGACCCUGAAGGCAAUGAGACCAUUUGGCACAACGGCAAGGUUGUCGGCAACACAACAUCUGGAGCGUACAGUUACAGCACCCAGCAGAGCCUGGCAUUCGCCUACCUCCCCCUCGAUCUGUGCUCUGUGGGUCAGAAGGUAGAGGUUGAGCUGCUCGGGAGGAAAUAUCCCGCUAUGGUCAUCCAGGAACCGUUAGUCCUCACCGAGCCCACACGGACCCGGCUGCAGAAGAAAGCAAAGAGCAAGGCGUAAAGAAGCACGGCUGUUAAAGAUCAACCGUGAUGUAUGAAGUGAAGUCUUAUUUUUUUUGAAUGCAACAACUUGUGGUCCAUGGACUGAACUGUUUGUGGCUCACAACUUCCUUUUCCUGUCCGUCUCUGAAGAAGGAGGAAGUGCAGAACAUGAUUCAGCAUGCGAGAGAGUGCGAAGUGCAUCUUAUGAAAGUGUUUUAUGGAGCAACAGAGAAAGAACAACUUGAUGUUCUUGCAGCACAAAGUCUUACAGUGUUUGAAGAGUAAUUGACUGUCUGUAAUUCCAUGAUGGAUGUUAAUGUUUGAUGGGUCAACAUUUGAACCUGAUCCUUGAAACAGAAGUGCCUUAUGUGUUUGUAUAAUUUUCAUAAACUGUCAAAGCUACAAUUUACAGAGUCAUCGUGGGGACUGUAAGAAAAACACAGACACAUCAGUAACCAAAUGCAACUGGAUGCUUACAAACUUGUACAAAGAUUGUUUUAUAAAUCUGUUUUGUAUUACUAAUAUGUGAUGAAAUUGGUUUACAUUGAUACCUCGAUAAUUAAAGCAAUGCACUCAGUCUUGUA